AUGAGUAACGAAAUCUCCGGUUUUAUCGACUCCCGUGUCGAAGUCGACUCCGAGGAAGAGGACGAGUCCUUCGACGAGGAGACUGGCUCCCCCCGUCGCCGUAGAACCGCCCACAUCGAUGAUUCUAGUGAGGAGGAAGAAGAAGACGAUGAGGAGGAGGAGCGAAAGGUUCGCGAAGGAUUCAUCGUAGAAGACGAGGAAGAAGAGGAAGAGGUGGAAGAAGACGAGGAAGCCGAAGAGAGACAAAGGCGGAAACGCGCACGUCGCGACCGAGAGGAGGAAGAGCGGCUUGACGAAGAAGAUCUCGAGCUUAUCGGCGAACAACUGCCCGGAUGGGAACGGGGUGCUCCGUCAGAGCCUAAAUUCAAGCGACUGAAGCGCGGUCACCACGACGAUGAAGAUCGCCGAACCGAAAGACGCGGCCUCGACGAAAUUUUCUCCGAUGACGAAGAAGAUGCCGAUCAUCGACCUUACGGCCGCUCGACCUUCCGAGCUCAGCCCGACGAAUUCGCCGACUUUAUCGAAGAAGAUUUCCCAGAGUCCGAGGAGGAAAUCGAACGUCAGCGCGUGGAGAGGGAAGUCGCACGCACCCGCGACAAGGGUGUUAGCAGCGUCAUCGAUACCUCGGGGCUAGAUAAGGAUGCCCUUCAAGAUAUGGAGGAUAUCUUUGGUGACGGUGCGGACUACGACUGGGCCCUCCAGGCCGAAGAGGAAGAAGAAGAGCGUGAGCAGGCUGAGCAGGCCAUCGAGCUGAAGGAUGUCUUUGAGCCGUCUCAGCUCACCGAAAAGCUGCUCACGGAUGCCGAUAACGAGAUUCGAUUCACCGACGAGCCCGAGCGCUUCCAGAUCGAUAGGAAACUGUUUAAACAUCUCCAAAUGACGGGCGAACAGUUUAAGGAGGAGGCUCGCUGGAUCUCUGCCCUCAUGUGGCCCAAGAAGAAUCUCCCCCAAGAAUCCCACACACCGUUCACGAAGGCCAUUGGCAAAGUCUUGGAGUUCUUUGUCGUCGACGAAGUGGAAGUUCCUUACGUUUUCCAGCAUCGAAAGGACUACCUUCUCGACACGAAGAAAGUCCCCAAUCCCGACCACCGCAAGGACCCCGAUGCGCCCGAGUACAUCAUCGAGGCUAAGAAGCUCCUCAACCAAGACGACCUUUGGCGCAUUCUAGAACUCGACAUCAAAUUUCGAUCUCUUAUCGAACGCCGAAAUGCCCUCGAGAAGAUGUACGAUAACUUAAAAACGAACGCAGGUGUUCAAGAUGAUAUGCUUGAGGAUAUGAUUCCCCAGGCGGCUACUGUGGAAGAGCUACAGGAUCUCCAGGAUUACACGCAAUUCAGGUAUUCGGCCGAGCUGAGGGAAUUAGCCUCGGUCAAUGGAAACAGCCAACAGACCAAGCGACCCGGGUCUCGGACAGCCAUGAUGGAUCGCAUUCGCAAGAGCAGGGCAUACGGAUUCGUGCGCUCCUACGGUUUGUCGGCUGACCAGCUGGCCCGGAAUGCCUUGGGUGAGGGCCGCAAAGUUAUUCCCGAGGACGAUGCAAAGGAUCCCGAUCAGCUCGCCGAUGAUCUUGUCGACGACGAUUUUCCCACCGGCGAUUCGGUCCUGUCAGCCGCUCGACAGAUGUAUGCCGAGGAGCUCUUUGUCAACCCGCGCAUGCGCAAGUUCUUCCGGAUGCACUUCUAUCAGCUUGGAGAGAUUGACUGCCACCGCACUGACAAGGGUCUGCGCAAGAUUGACGAGUCCCACCCUUACUACGAUAUCAAGUACCUCAUGCGACAGACGAUGUCUGAUCUCGCCCGUCAACCAGAGCUCUUCCUCAAGAUGAUGAAGGCGGAAGAGGAUGGGCUUAUCGAAGUCAAGCUCCGGCUGAGGAAUCGCUCGGAAUUCCGCGAAAAGCUCGACAUGGAGUUUGAGUCGGAGAACUUCAGUGAUCUCGCGCAAAGGUGGCGGAAUGAGCGUAAGAAGGUUCUGGAUCUUGCGUGCUCCAAGCUCGAGCGUAUCAUUACGAAGGGUGUCAAGGAAUCGCUCCGCACCGCUUGUCAGGAGGAAGUCCUCAACGCAUGUCGUGAAGAAUACUACAGGCGACUUGACCAGGCACCUAUCAAACCCAAGGGCCUCGUCUUGGGAACAACCCCCCGAGUGCUUGUGCUUUCCAACGGUCUGGGCGAUGCCAUGCGCGACCCUGUAUUCUGGACUUGGGUUGAAGAAGACGGUCGGAUCCUUGAGCACGGCAAGUUUACGAACCUCGGACGGGACGAGAAGCAGCGCGAGGAGUUCGCAGAGCUCGUGCAGAGGCGGAGACCCGACGUCAUUGGUAUCAGUGGUUUCUCGGCCGCCACGAAUAAGCUCGUUCGUGACGUUGAGGGUCUCAUCGGCGAGAAGCGUCUGAUGGGUCCUGAGUACCAAGAUCCCGAUUCCGACGACAAGGAGUAUCGAACGGACCCGCUAGAGGUUGUAGUCGUCAACGACGAGGUUGCCCGGUUGUACAAGGACAGCACACGCGCCGUUGCUGAUCACCCGUCCCUUCAUCCCAUUGCGCGGUAUUGCUUCGCUUUAGCCCGAUACAUGCAGAACCCUAUGAAGGAGUACGCCGCUCUCGGAAAGGAUAUCGCGUCGCUUAACUUCCACUCCUGCCAAAAGUUGCUACCGCACGACAAGCUUAUGAAGACGCUCGAGACCGCAAUGGUAGAUAUGGUCAACCUUUGUGGUAUCGACAUUAACGAGGCUGUCAACGAUAGCUACACGGCCAACUUGCUUCCAUACAUUGCCGGUCUUGGUCCUAGAAAAGCGACAAGCGUUCUGAAGGCCAUCAACGCGAAUGGUGGUGUAGUCAACUCCAGAGACGAGCUUGUCGGCGAUCCGGAUUCUAAGAAACUCCCCGUCGUCGGCCCUCGCGUCUGGAACAAUUGCGCUAGUUUCCUCUACAUCGAGUACGACCCUACCGAUCCCCACUCCGACCCUCUAGACAACACCCGUGUCCACCCAGAAGACUACGAACUCGGUCGUAAGAUGGCAGCCGACGCGCUCGAGCUUGACGAGGAGGACGUCAAGGCCGAAAUCGACGAGAACGGCCCAGGCGCGGUAGUCCGCAAGCUGUUCAAGGAGGAAGAACAAGAAAGAGUCAACGAGCUCAUCCUCGAGGAGUACGCCGAGCAGCUCGAGUCGAGCUACAGCCAGAAGAAGCGUGCGACGCUGGAGACAAUAAGAUUGGAACUCCAGGCGCCGUACGAAGAGAUUCGGAAGCAGUUCUUGCACCUCACCCCCAUCCAAAUCUUCACCAUGUUCACGGGAGAGACGGAGGAGAGCCUAGCGCGCGACAUGAUCGUGCCCGUCAACGUACGCGUCGUUCGUGAAGAUUUCGCCAUCGUCAAGCUCGACUGCGGCGUCGAAGGCCGCGUCGAAGGCCACGAGAUCAGCGCUCGGCACUCGGUCCGCGACGUGCUGCAAGUAGGCCAGACGACCAACGCCAAGGUCCUCGAGGUCAACCACAAGGACUUCGCCAUCAAGCUCACGAUGCGCGAAGAAGCACUGCGCCGCCCUUACCGCAAACCCAUCAGCCACCACCCCGAACAAUGGGACUACGAGCUCGAGCGCCAGGACCGCGAAGAGCUCAAGGAAAAAGACCGCACGACGGGCCGCGCCCAGCGUGUCAUCAACCACCCGCUCUUCAAGCCCUUCAACGGCAUGGAGGCCGAGCAGUACCUCGGUUCCCAGCCCGUGGGCGAGGUCGUCAUCCGCCCUUCGUCCAAGGGCAACGAUCACCUCGCCGUCACGUGGAAGGUGGCCGAUGGCGUGUAUCAGCACCUCGACGUGCUCGAGCUCCAGAAGGAGAACGAGUUCUCGGUGGGCAGGACGCUGCGCGUCGGCGGCAAGUUUACGUAUACGGAUUUGGACGAGUUGAUUGUUGAGCACGUUAAGUCUAUGGUGAAGAAGGUGGAGCAGUUGACGCAGCAUGAAAAGUUCCACAAGGUGUCGAGGGCAGCUUUGGAGAAAUGGCUCACCACAUACAUGGACGCCAACCCCAACCGCUCCACCUACGCCUUCUGCCUCGACACCAACCGCCCCGGCUACUUCUUCCUGUGCUUUAAGUCGAGCAAGUCGUCGCCGGUCGUGUCCUGGGUCGUCAAGGUGAUCCCGCACGCGUACCAGAUGCUCGGGUCGGAGUAUCCCGACAUGAGGGCGUUGUGUAACGGGUUUAAGCUGAGGCAUCAGAAUGAGGUUAAGUUGCAGAUGCAAAAGCAUGUGAGGAGGUAG